CAAGACAUUCAAUAAUAGGUUUUCUCACUUUCGGGCCUUUCACUCAUAAGUCCAUAGCCGCCGCCUCUCCAUUUCAUCUCCGGCGCCGGCAGCAAUUCAGAAUGCCUGAAAACAAGCCUGUAAUUGGACUUUCAUGGGAACCAAAAUUACCUCAAUUAUCAUUUGGUACCAAAAAGAGCAGCUCCAAUAAGGAGGCUGAGACCAGUGCAGUAUAUAAACCUAGUUCUGAACUUAUUGACGGCUUAUUUGUUCCUCCUAAUGAUCCUAAAAAGGUGAACAAAUUCCUUCGAAAACAAGUCAAGGAUACUGCUGGCAAAAAUUGGUUUGAUAUGCCUGCACAAACAAUUACUCCCGAGCUGAAAAGGGAUCUCCAGCUGUUAAAGGUGAUUCUUUGAAUUGUAAAGUUUUUC